UUCUAAAGGAAACUUAAGCAUGUCGGUUCACGCGGUGGUCUUGCUUGCCGUCUUGCUAAGACACUGGCGUGUAAUGAAUCUAAUGAUACUAAGAGAUUCUAGGAUGUAGACAGUAGACUGGAGCGAGCUACACUGACAGAGACGUGAAAGUCGAGAGAUGUGCAUUGGAAAAGCCGAACAUCCCGAUAUGAGUUGUGUCUCAGAUGAGUUGCUGCGUUGUGGUCAUUUUGCGAAUGCACGGCUUUGUCGAGACUCGCACAUUCGUCGCUCAAGUGGUGUUGAAUGGUUGAAAAGUAUGGAUCCUUGGAGUCAAUGUCGCUUGUUGGGACAGUAACGUAUCUGGAGAUGUUUCACGAGCAGAUGCAUAGCAGGCUUAGCAGCAUACAGCGAGCAUAAGAAGCUGCCUGUCACUAGCAAGCACAUCCCUGUCAAGAGAUCGGCGACCGGCACAGGGCAAUAGCAGCGCCCUCGAACGGCCAUGGUCGAGUCAGUGAUGACGGCUGCCAGUUGGCCUGGCAAUAUAGCCUGCCCAGGUGUGUUUGAAAUGUCUCAGGUUCAAACAAAGUCCUACGCGUUGCGAGCUGAAAUAAGAUGGAUGUCUCAGAUGACGCAGGCCGUCAAUCUUCAACA